AUAUUUACAAUGUUGAUACGCCUGACCAUGCUGACUGUCGGGGCCUAUACAUGGAAUAAUGCGCAAUUGUCGUAAUAAUGAUUGCGGCGGUAACAAACAAUACCGUAGGCCUAUAAUCGUGCACUAAUGAUGAUUUUCACGUAUAACCUUUGGUAUUUUAUUUUAACCCAAAUCAGUCGCAAGAUGGUGGAGUGUACAGCACCCAAAUUAUCUGACUUUGGUCUGUCGACGUCAUCCUAUGAUGUUUUUACAAGAACUCAGUGCAGCUUUCCAAGAGCGGUGUUGCUGAUAUACCGAUUCUUGAUGACCGGAUACUUCCUCGGUUACCAAAUCUACUUGUGGGCUAACGUGUUUACCAUCCAUGAUUACAUCUUCAUGACUGAUUGGACCUAUACGGUCUUCACUUUCUAUUCCUUGAUUGCUCUGAUCAACCUUAUAACGGACAUGAGUCUUCAGAGAUGCUAUGACACGUCACAUGCUUCCAACGUACUAAAAGGGCGACAUAUGAUCCAGUGGCUUUUUUACAACGUCAUCGUCACAUGGACAUGCCUUGUUCUCGUUGUCUUCUGGGGCGCCCUCUACGAUCCUCGAUAUCCAAACUGGAUGUUUGACAUUUCCUGUCACGCCUUACCUGGUGUGUUCAGUGUCCUUGAGCUUGCCUUCACUGCGACACCCUGCCGACUCGCCCACAUCAUCUACCCGAUGAUCUACGGGUUGCUCUAUCUCACAUUCACCCUUGUCUACUGGGGGACUGGCCAUCCACCGAUAUACUCGAUCCUCGACUACAGUGGCAACCCAGGAUUGGCUACGGGAUCGAUCCUUGGUAUGGUAGGGUUCAUGCUGCUGUUUCAUCCGUUGGUUUGGGGGCUCACCAAGCUCAGGGGUAGCGUUGCAGGAAGAUUGAACUGUUCUCAAGACUUACACGGCGAUCGACAUGAGCUCAUCGAUAGAAUGUGACGUCACGGAUUGGAAGAGCUACCGAAUUAGAGCACGUCGAUCCAAAGAUAAACCGAGUAGGAGGCCCUCUAAGACGUUACAACCACCCGUGAUAGAUCGCGAUAUAGCUAUUGGCGAUCAGCAACAAGUGAUUCAUGUCACCACUUGCCAUGCUUGCGAAACGUAGCACGUUUUCGGCCUUCGCUGCUAUUUGAUAGUAUUGUGAAAUAUUUAACACUGGGAGAUAGAUUAAACAUGAUCGAAGCUUCACCUGUACUGGCCGCACAGAAAUGUUGUUAGCGCUAACAAUGCGCUAACAGAGACCCUGUUACGACCGGUAAUGUGGCAGCGAUGCCUAAUUUUUAAAAAUGCAUUAACUUACACAUUGAAAUCAAUGUUUAGACUUGAAAAUCCGGAAGAUGUGACUGGGCUUACUGCUAACGCUCUGUUACUUAGGCUAACGAUGUUUCUUUGCGGCCGGCACUAGUCAAUUGCUAUAGUGAUUGCAUGGCUAUUAAUUUGCUAUCGGCAUUUGCUAUCCAUACUUAACAUGAUAUCAUUUAUGCAAUAAACAAAUAAAGUAAACAAAUAUUGUUUUCUAAACACUUUUAGUCACAGGGAUGUAAUUGGAUCCAGAUCGAAUGUGCAUGGUUCUUCUUCUUCUUCUUCUCGGGUCACUGCACAAGACCUGCCCAGUGGAGGGUACAAGAUCUGGCUUUGGGGUUAAAGGACUCCAGAUCUUCGGCAUGGCAAGGCUCUGGUAGGAGGGGGCAGACCAGAAGGUGUUGCAUAUCGUCUGAUCCUCCCCACACUCGCAAGCAUGUGAAUGGUUACCAGACACACUCUGGUUGGUUUAAAUCUGAAUUCUAAGUCUUGUCAAAAUAUUGAUAUUUUGAUAAAAUAGAUAAAAUAUACACACUUGGAAGAAAAUGGCAAUUCUGUCCUCUUCAAAUGCAACACUAAGAGCCCCUUUUGUGAUACAACUGUGCACCCUAAUACACUUUUUUGCACUUUAAUGGAGAAGUUUGCUACAUUUUUCAAAUUUUCCGACGCAUAGUUGAUUUCCUCUUUAGGGAACGUGCAUAUUUGCACCUUUUGGACGCUAAAUUAUUAAGCACCCUAUAAAGACUUGAGUUAAAAUUUGCAUCUUUAUAUAGGGUGCAUUUCUGGGAGCAAAAAAAAAAGGAACAAAAGGUGCGUCCUUUGUAGGGUGCAAGAUUUCACUGCCAUAGUUUAAUUCAGGGUUCAAAGUCUAUUUUAUUUUCUUACUGUGUAAUACUCGGCGAUCGUAUUAAAUUUUGAGUGACAAUAAUGCACUAAUAAUAGGCUCCACAUUUGCUUUUAAUGUGUGAAUGGCAACACAUGUAUAAAUCAGAUGAUGUUUGAAGGUUUGUAUGGUGUUAUGAAUCGCAUAAAUGGUUUACGGUACACCAUGUAUAAAGUCCUGGAAGGACUUAGAUAAGAAAAGUGAAUAGAAAUGGAGGUGAAAUGGAAAGUUGAGAAAGUGGAGGUUGGGAAGUAGAGUAUUCUUUUCAAAAUGAGUGCAUUCAUAUAAGACUCUAAACAAGAAGGAGAAAAAGCUGAGUAGUUGGCAGAAUGAGCAGAUAAGAGAAGGCUGGCUUGAGUCGGCGAAUAGAAAAUAUAAAUGGAUAUCAUAUAAGUAAAGAUUUCUUUUUUUUACAUCAAUACAUUAUAAUAGAUGCAUAGUAAUGGUCGAAUUAUUCUAGACAACCCUUGUGCGUGGCGUUUGUAGAUUUCGCACAAGCUUUUGACAGUAUAGAAUUUCAGGGAGAAAUAACAGCUUUACAGGUACAAGGUGUGCACCACAAUUACAUCAAACUCAUCCAGGAAAUGUAUAGCCAAGUAACCAUUCACCUGCACAAAGACAGUGAACUUCCCCAUCAACAGAGAGGAGUGCAGCAGGGAGAUACCAUUUCAGCCGAACUGAUCGACACUGCACUGAAAGAAAGAAAUCGUAAACUAGACUUGGAAAGUACUGGGCUAAACAUUGAAGGUGAGGGUCACCGAUGAUAACACUCUAAUCACUGAAGGUGGUCACAAGCUAUAUGCUCAACGAUCUGAAAGUAACAAAGUAGGCCUGAAAAUCAAUACGAAAAAGUAAUGUUUAACAAAUUUGCCACGGAGAAAAGGGUAAUAUUGGAUAAUUAUGAAAUCGAGACAGUAGAUCACUAUAUCUACCUUGGGCAACACAUCAGAAUAGAUCAUAGACAACUGGAAUAAGUUAAAAAGAAGACAAUAGCUAGAUGGAAUGCUUUUUAGAAUUUCAAUGAUAUAAUGAAGAGCAACAUGCCGAUUUGCCUUAAAAGAAAAGUCUUUAACCAAUGUAUUAUAACGACAAUGACUAAAAAUACCUGAAACCAAACCGAUGUAAUAAAAAAAAAUUCACAAUGAUAAAACCGUAUUCUCAAUCGCUAAAUUGACUUAUGCAAGUAUAAAUCUUGCUCUAUCAUAAAAGGUGGUGAAAUAAGUACAGAUGAUUUUAAUGAACUAUUAGUGAAAUGAGUGCAAAGUAGAACGAUGAGCAAAAGAUUUGAAAUGAGCAAAUGAGUGGAGCGGUGACCAAUAAAGUAUUAAAAAACAACGAUACUAUUGAUAU